UGGCAAACACGACCGCACAAGCGAAACGCGUGUGCAAAGAAGAGCAAGAAACCCAUCGGCUGCUAAACUCUCAAACGGAUUUUUUCUUCUGCUGCCUGUGCAACCGACUACGGAGUUUUGUAAAGUGAUUUUUCAGUAGUUCAAGUGCGUAAAAGUUUGUAAAUUUACCGGUAAAGUGCUGAUUAAAGUGAAUUGCAUCCGUGGAAAGUGAAGUUUCUAUUGAAGUUUACCUAAAUCUUGGGGAAAAUUGCGUAAAAAGUUUCGAUCGGUGGUUGUUUUCGUUUUCUGUUUUUGCCGUUUCUCUGUUGGAAGCCGCCGUCCUUGAGAGUGAGAGGAGAGAGUGAAGCGAUUUUUGUCCGGCUGACGGUUGAUUAUGUUUUGUUAUGCCGGAAAGUCAGCAUAAGAUUCCUGAGCAGUAGUGAUUGAUUUUGCAUGAAAUUGUAGAUGGAUAACUACACGGAAAGCAGUGGAGUUGAUUCGUCUCCGGACUUGAAUUCCAGUGUCGAAUUGCCAUCUCCGGAUCGGUCGAUUGUAAUGCCUCGGAAGCUAACGUUUGGAUUGUCUCCCGAGAAUGAUCCCCUGGGAAGUGAUUACCGCCGAGCAGCAUUGGCGGUCAGUCCCCGAAAGCAACCGUCGAUCUCUCCUCCCUACAGGAAGGUUCGAGCCCUCCGGUUGUUUGAUUCCCCAGCCACUCCAAAGACGAUAAUUCAGAAGUCGACAAGUAAAUUCAUGAAAGCCCUGGGCAACGUUCCUUCCAAAGAGUCUGAUCUCGCAAAACCAAUCGAUACCAACGGAGUUGUUAUCAACGAGAAACCUCGAGCCGUUCCUUUGCAUCGGAAUUACGAAAAUCUGAUCCCAUCUGCCAAUGUUAAUCCAUUUACUCCGCCGGGAAUGUUUAUGCGGACCAAAAAGCGAAUGCGAUCCGGAAUGGAUGGCAGUGAAACUGUGCUGAAUUCAAGUUUCCCCACCGUUUUCCCUUGCAACAAAGUGAACCAGCAGCCAUCUGUGCGGCAAAGUUUCGGCUAUUUCCAAAAGUCCUGCAAUGACAGCCUGAAGACUUCCUCCCUCUUGGAGGACGAUUACGCGGAAGUUCGACAGGCUCCCAAGCGGCUAGCUUUACAAGACUCCAACAUUUCACGGUACGAGAAAGAGUUCCUCGAACUGACCCUGCUUGGCGUGGGCGAGUUCGGAUUGGUUUAUCAGUGCAUAAACCGAUUGGAUGGCUGUGUUUACGCAAUUAAGAAGAGCAUCAAACCCGUGGCGGGAAGUUCUUUCGAGAAGACGGCACUGAACGAAGUUUACGCCCAUGCUGUCCUCGGCAAGCACGAUAACGUAGUCCGAUACUAUUCUGCGUGGGCCGAAAACAAUCACAUGUUGAUUCAGAACGAGUUCUGCAACGGUGGGAGUUUGCAGACUUUGCUGCAGGAGAGAAGCCUCAAGGAAUCCGAACUCCGGAUGCUGUUGCUUCACAUUGCCGAGGGUUUGAAAUACAUUCACUCGAACGAUCUCGUCCAUAUGGAUCUGAAAGCUGGAAACAUAUUCCUCACCAAAGUGCCAAUCCGUCCGGUCUGCUCCGGAUCAUCCCACCAUCCGGACAAUGCCGACGAUGGUUUCGAAGACAUCUUCGAAGAUCUUGAAAACGAGUUCCUAAUAACGUACAAAAUCGGCGAUCUCGGUCAUGUCACGUCGGUGAAUGAUCCCCAAGUGGAGGAAGGCGACUGUCGAUACCUGCCAAACGAAAUCCUCCAGGAGGACUUUUCCAACUUGCCGAAGGCGGACAUCUUCUCCUUGGGAAUAACGUUGUAUGAGGCGGGAGGUGGUGGUCCCCUGCCAAAGAAUGGUCCCAAAUGGCAUCAGCUACGAGGUGGAUCCUUCCCCGAUCUCCCCAAUAUUAGCCGGGAGUUCAAUGAGCUAAUUAAGGUGAUGAUGCACCCGGAUCCGGAAAAGCGACCAUCUUCGACAACCAUUUUCAAUCACCCGGUGCUGUCGCCCAUCGACUCCAAGAGCAAGGCGCAACUUUGUCUCGAACUCAGCAUGGAACGGCAGAAGAACGAAGUUCUGAUGCGGAAGCUGAAGGAGCAGAGCAAAAUGCUUAAAUCGUACGAGCAAGCGCAGACACCAAGUACACGCAAAUGUCGAAGUUCGGCUACCCGCGAAUUGACGGUAUCUGAUCGCAAGUUGCGUUCCUAUUCACGCAAGAAACGGUCCACGAACCUCAUCACAACGCGCCGAGGCAUCCGAGACAACAGCAAGGGAAAGGAUUACUAAGCAUGGGGAAGCGGAUAUCAUCGAUCGAUCCGUACACUGAAAGGCAGCCGAACGAACAAAUCAUCGUGCAGAGGAUAGCAGCAGAAUGAGAGAACAGCAUUACGAUAUCGAAUAUCACACAGAAGCAGAACCGGAAGCGGACAUCGAAUUUGUUUUAUAUAUUUUUUUUAUUUUGGUUGUAUUUUUUUAAUUUGGAAUCGUCUUAUCAUUCAAAAUUUAAUUUUCAUUUCGGAUUAUUUUUUCGAACUUCUUUCUAAAUUAUUUUUAGUAUUUUGUUUUAUAAUUGUCUUGAACUGGUUAAAAAAAAGGAUUAUGUAUUUAGGUUUGUCAGGAUUAAAAAGUGUUAUAAAGUUACAUUGUUUUGGGCAAAAGUUGAACUAAAUUAAACGUAAAUUUUAAGUUUCACAAAAUUGUUAAAGAUAAUCUAAAAAUAACGCAAAGAAUUUCAAAACAAUUAAACAAAAACUAAGCUGUGAGACUUGUUAAUGCGAAGCGUGCCUUUCGAGAUGUGAACCAUCGAGAUACGACAGAAUGUGAAAAAAAAGAAUCAGUCAAUAUUGAUGUACCUACAUUUCAAUCAAAUGAAUAUCUGGAGAAGACAUGAAUCCACUCUGGGAUAGUAAUAUAGGAAUUGCGGUGUGAACUGCAAAACAAAUCAAUGUUGAACAAAACUAAACAAAACGACGAAAAUUUGUGAUUUAUAAAUAUAAGGACCAUCAUAACGUAGGAAACGUAAA